AUGCGAGAACAAAAGAAAGUAGAAAUUCUUACAGAAUUGAGAAAUUUUGAGAGGAAAUUGACCAUAAACCCAGCAGAUGAGGAGGUGAUUCGUGCUAUAAAGGUGAUGCAGGCCCAGUAUUCAGCUAUAUUAAGCCAAGAAUCGGACUGGAGAAUCAAAUAUAUGAGGCAGAGGUAUUUUGAAUCGGCAAAUAAAAUGGGGAAGUUGCUUGCGUGGCAGCUAAGGAAGAGGAAAAAGCAAAAUGUGAUAAGUAAGAUAGUAAUGGAAGAUAAUAUUAUUGAAGAUCCAGUGGAAAUAGAAAAAGGGAGGACACGGGGGGGGGGGAGACACACUGCCCAUCCUGAGCCAGCUUCACCUGUGGCUUGUUUUGCCCUCUCCAGGUUCCUGAAGAGUCUGCAGCGUCUGAAUGUCACCCUCACCCGAGCCAAGUACAGCCUCUUCAUCCUGGGACACCUGAAGACUCUCAUGGAAAAUAAAGAUUGGAACGCAUUGAUUCAGGAUGCUCAGAAAAGAGGCUCCAUCAUCAAGACCACCUCCAAAACCAUGUACAACAGUAUUCCUUGCUAUGCAACUGGUGCUAAGAUGAUCCUGAAGCCCAUGUCAGUCCAGCAGAGACUGGCGAGAGCAGCAAUUGGGCAGGUGACCACGGUGGCCACAUCGGGUGAAGCUCCUGCACAACAUCCCCAGCCAUCAUCUUCUGGUGCUCCUGCUCCUGCUCCCGGUCCUGCUCCAGGGAGCAAUAAAGAAUCUCCUGCGCAAGCCCAGCCAAGUCUGGUGGUACCCAGAUUUGGGCAGGUGACCAUGGCAGCCCUGAUGAAUGAAGUCCCUGUACAACAUCCCCAGCCAUCAUCUUCUGCUGCUCCUGCUCCAAGGAACAGUGGGGCACCUCUAAUGCCAGCAUCUGGGCACUCCAGUUCCUCAAACCCACAGGCUACAUCUCAGAAUAGGCCAAGAGAUCCACGGCUGGCCAAGAGGGCAGAGGAAGGAGUCAGAAGGAGCCCCACUGAAAGCCAUAGCCCCACAGAUCCCAAGCGACAGAAGACAACAGAGUAGCCCUACCUGUAUAAGCAAGAACUCUUAUUGUGGCUGCACCAUGUACAGCCUUUUUCUGAACGAUCAGCUUUCUGGUUGGUUCCCUGUUCCCUGUAAGAUAAUGUAUUUUUUUUUGUUUAAUAUAUUUUUAAUAAACUAUUUUCUUUGAUACCAA